UCGUCGAGCAGAGCAAUAUGACGUCAUGUAAUCACGUGCCGCGAUGAUGGGUGGUUCUCAUCAUUGCAAAGAAACACGGACCACAAAAGCAAGGAAAAAAAAAACGCACUACUUCCCCACGCUGCUUCCCCAUGUCCCACUUUGCGCCUUUUCGUCAAGCUAUCAAUAGCUAUAAUUCUCAAAUAAUCGACGAUGAUAGUAUUUCAUUAACAGAAUCAAGCAUGUCUUCGUCGUCGUCCACAAUUCUGGCUCCGAGAUCCUCGGCCCCCAUGACCGGAAGUACAGAUCGAAGGGGUGACGUGCGUAUGGAACGGUCCGAGCGACCAACAGCUACUGCUCGAGCUGACAGCAACGAUGACCAACGGCGAUGCUGGAUAUGCUUUGGUGAGGAUGAAGACUCCGAAGGACGGUGGGUCAAGACGUGCCGAUGUUCGCUGAAUGCACACGAAGAAUGUCUAUUGGAGUGGAUUGAUGAAAACCAGCGCAAUCAUCAUGGAGAAAAGGUUCGUUGUCCACAGUGUGGGUCAGAAUAUCAGAUCAUUCAGCGAUCAAGUGUUCUUUUGGCGAUGCUGAAUUUGACGCGUGGCCUUGUUGCAAUGAUUUCGCCCGCGGUGUUGACGGCUGGGUUAUCAUCUGCUAUUUUUAUCGCAUCAAGUACCUAUGGCGCUCUUUCGGUGUUGACAUUUUUUGGCAAAGAAGAAGGGUCACGUCUCCUCGGUAAUCCUGCAGAUUGGUCCUGGAGACCAUGGUUGGGAUUAUCCAUAAGUCCAUGGGUCUUGAUUUUCUCCAAAUCUUCCUGGGGCGAUCACAUCAUUUUCGCAUCAGCAAUUGCUUAUAUGAGACUAACAAACCAACUGUUAUAUUUAUCCUGGCCUCCAACGCCAGCAACCAUUGUGAGCCUCUUGCCACCCAUGAGAUUGUUCUAUAAACGUCUGUAUGCGUCCAUACAGCGGCGUGUGUUGCAAAACCUUCUUGACAAACGAACUCAAGCGACGGGAAUGUCUGGAAGACAAAGCGCGUUGGUGGGACUAUUCCAGCGGAAUCCAGCGAGGGGCCAUCGUGGCCAGAAUCAAGGGAUAGCAAACAAUACCACAGAACAAGGACGUCGACAAUCUGGGAGUGGCCUUACGGAUAGGGAGCAAAACCGUGAACUUGAAUUGCUGAAUAGGAGCUGGAAUCGAGGGCUUCACAUCGAUAUCACGGAGGCAUUGACGUUUCCCGUCAUCAGCAGUCUUAUCGGCAUUGGUCUAAGUUAUAUCAAACCUGUCCGGGAAUAUUUUCCGCAGACCUUCCAUCGCAGUGUUUUAGGGGCUUGUAUUUUCAUUGUUGGCAAAGAUCUAAGUAACCUUCUCGACGGAUAUGAACGUGUUCAACAAAUUCGUUCACGACGCGUCCGAAGUUACAAUGACGGAAAACCUCCGUCUUCUUAACAAACAGCAAUUGUGAAUGCAGACAGACGUAAUGUAUAACACCACCCACCCUAGUGAUUGCUAUACCCCCUUCCUGGCUGGUUACGUUUUUUUUUUCAAAACCGCGAAAUCCAACCGGUUUUCCUGUAUUAUAUUUUUCUUUUUUCAUGUUAGAAACGGGACUUCUUUGGAGAAACUCCUGCGUUUUUUCUAAAGCUUUAUCUGAACGUUUUGUUUUCGUAUAUGUUCGUGAAGGAAGGAAACGACGACGAAUUUGAUUAAACAAGACAGUAUGAAGCGCCAUGUAUUGGUUCAU